GGGGCCUGGCCGGUGGGGAGACGUGGUUCUAUGAAGCUGGGGCUCUGGCUUGCUGCCUCCCUGCAGCCAUGCACUCCCUCGUGUUCCUCUGUGCACAGAAGGUGGUUUCCCACCACUCCACGGUGCGCGGUGCCUUGGAGUUCAUCCCAAAGGAAUUGUAUCCAGUCUUGUUCAAGGCAGCUUUCAUGGACAAGAGGACUCUUGUGCUGCAAGAUCUGGUGCAGACAUGGCCUUUCCCGGUACUCAGUUUCCAGAAGCUUUUGCGGAAGUGUCAGCACUGUGACCGUGCUCUGCUCCAGGAAAAGCCCAACAAGCUGUGUGUGCAGACUGUCAUCCUGGGAGUGGUGGCCUACCUGAAUGAGGCUCUCGAAGACCAACUCCACAGCCAAAGCAAGAGGCAGCGCCUGCAGGUUCUGGACAUGACGGGGCUUCAGGACGAUGGAAUAGACCAGGGCCCAGAAAGCAUGAGCCUGUGGUCCAGGACGGUGACCCUGGCGAAAGCGUGCAUUGACGUUUCCAAGCACCAGAGCAAGUGCACCAAGCGCACCUCGAAGCGGAGGAAGGGCCCCUACAGCAGCUCGGUGGCUCUGCCGCCGCCACGGCCCGUUUCUGUGGAAGUCCACGUGGAUCUCUUUGUGAACAGCACCUCUUACGGAGUCCUUAAAGAUGCCUUGCAGAACAACGCUAACAGCAUGCUGCGGCUGAAAUGCCGGGACUUCCGGGCUGAGGAGCUGCCCAUUGCAAGUACCGUGGGGCUCCUGGAGUUCCUGGAUCCCACAGCUGUUCGGCAGGUGGAUCUGAGAUUCAAUAACCUGGGGCUGUCUGGCCUGAGGGUGAUUCUCCCGCACAUGGCAAAAUUCACCAACCUGGUCAGCCUGAAGCUGCCCUACAGCAACAUUGAUGUGAGGCGGCUCUCAGCGGGGAUGGAAGGAAGCCUCCACUACUUCGCCACCCAGCUCAGUAGAUUGUCCUGUCUCAAGGAGCUGAAUUUGGGCUCCUCCAGGCUUUCCGGGAAGCUAAGGCAACUGCUGGGCAAUUUGCAGGGUCCCUUGGAAAGCCUGGAGCUGGCCUUCUGCUACCUGCUCCCCAAUGACCUCGCCUACCUUUCACAAAGCCUUCACACCCCCACCCUGAAGAAGCUGGACCUCAGCGGCAACAACUUGUCUGACUCGCUUCUCCAACCCUUCCAGCAUCUCCUAGAAGAGGCCUCCUCAUCCCUUCUCCACCUGGACAUCAUGGAGUGCCGCCUGAUGGAUAUCCAUCUGGAAUCACUUCUCGCCGCCCUGUGCCGCUGCUCUCAACUUCGCUACUUGGGGGUGUUUGGCAACCCCCUCUCUACACGGGGGCUGAAGAACUUGCUGCAGAGGACCAUGGGCCUAUUGUACUUGCAGCUCGUCAUUUACCCCUACCCUGUGGACUGCUACAGUGAGACCCUGCCAUGGCCCCCCACCUCCUCUAACCUCUUGAAUGGUUCUGUGGAUGAAGAGAAGUUUUCCAGGGUGAGCGCUGAGCUGCAACAGAUGCUGCUGACUGCAAGCAGGACUGAUGCCGUCUGGACCACGAACUUAUGCAGGCACAAUACCUUAGAUUACUUUAAUUUGUAGCUCACCAGGAAUGCAAAACAAAGGAGAAAACAAACUGAUCAGGCUUUUCAUUUUUAAUGCCCCUUCAAAGUUGAGCAGUUCAGUGGACGCAGCAACAACACUUUUAUACACAUUUUUAACAGCAUCUGUUUAGAGCAUGAAUUCAAAUGGAAGUUCUCUUCUCUCCUUCUGCACCUCCGUUCAGUAAAGCUGAGAUUAAAGCUGCCAUGGUUUAUCCCAGAUAGUGCCACUACCUUAUGUAGGUUCUUACAUGCCCCUUACAUGACUUUAGUGUAGCCCUGCAGAAUUCUUAGCAAAGUGUACUAGUCACAGUACAAAUGCAGCAACCUAACAAUUAGAAGGCCCCUUCUAAAAACACUGAUCCAUUCCUAGCUUCUGGGCAGUCUACUCUUUCUCUGCAUGGAUUAUCUCAUCUGAAAAACCCUCUUUCCACUUCUCUUCUAAUGUAUCCCAUCAUUCUCUCACGUGUGCGUAGGGCUUAGAAAUGUUACCAGUCAUGUAGUAGCCAGAGCACUAAACUCACUAGCCACAAAGAUGUGAAAGGUGGGGAGACCUAUAUUUAGGGACAGCUCUACUGUACUCCUGCUUGGCUUUAUGGCUGCUGCAAGUGGGGUGUCUUGUGCUACUCUGUCCUUCCCCCAGCCUUCACUUUGGAGUCCUCCUGUGAACUGAAUAUUUCCUCCAUCUCUGCUGUUGCAUGGAGCUUUCCUAAGAUGUAACAAAAUAAAAUUGGCUCAGUUCUUAUCCAUUUCACAGCUGCUUGCAGAAUAUAGUAGUGGUGAGACUGACAACACCCCUGUUGGUUUUCACUCUGCUGCAAGUGCGUGGAAGAUCUGAGUAACAGCAGAGGCAUCGGAGUGGUAUGCAGACUGACUGUUUACACUCCCCUUGUACGCAGAGAGCUUCUUCACAACUAGAAACUUUUUUUUUUUUUUUUUAAAUGAGAGGUUAGAUCCUGCAGAAGAUGAUUCAUGCUCCCUGGUAUACUUACCAGCCAUGGGCAUGUGGUAAGCCAGGAUUGGUAAGGAAUGAUGUCCCUAGCCUCCAAACAUCCAAUAGGGAAUGAUCCUUCAUUAGCUGAGAGGGACGUAAUUGAUCUCUUCCAUCUACCAUAUGCUCUCGGCUUCUGCAUACCAUUCCACGCUCAAGCUGUGUGGCUAUCCAGUUACCUUCUGGGGUGGGUUUGUUGCUACCUGUCCAACUUAUGACUGGAAGUGGCUUCUUUCUUCCCUGGUCUGUAAAAUCCCACAAGAUUACUUUCAUGGCCUUCUGCCCUGUCUACCUGCAUAGUCAUCUUAUCACUCCCUUCUAGCUUUAACUCAGGCUGAUUCUUUUCUACUGCACAUAACUUGACACCUUCACCAAUCCUCUCUUGACCAGUUAAACUUCUGACCUCAUUUUAACUCCCAUCAGCUUAAAGUCUUCAAGCCCCACCUGUUUCUCUUGGGCAAAAGGACCUCCCUCCCAUCCAACUCCAUUUCCCCUCUUGACACAUACUUGUGGUUUGUUUUUUCUGUCUGGAACUUUGGCAUCAGAAUCUGAACUCUCCUCUUCUUCCCACAUCCUCUAUGGCUGCAUAUUUGCUUAGAUAAACUUCUUUGUUCUGGCCACUUUGAGGGAAUAAUCAUGCCCAAUGGGGGGUUAAUUUUGUGUGAGACUGCUGAGCUAAGGGACUUUGAAAGCUGGUAACUCAUUCCUUCAGCACAUUACCCAUGUCAGUGUUACCUGGGCUGCCCCUCUGCUUAAAUUCUCCUGUUACUUUAGCCAGUGAAUGCAGCCCGUUUCCAAAAUCCACUCACAUCUACAUAUAUCCUCUGUUUAUCAACCCCAUCCUCAAACAACUCUGCUAGAUCCUUGAGCAUUCAAGAUCCAUUUAAAAAAUAUGCUUUGUACAAACCCUACCCAAAAUGCCCCUGAAAAGCGGCGUCACGAAGAGGCAUCGCCCCCGAAAUGCCACUGAUUUUUGGUGGCAACGCCUCUUGACGUUACCGCUUCUUGGCGGCAUUUCGGCAGAUGCUUGUCCACUAGCCAUGGUCCUUGGUGGCUUGUUGUCUGGCGCCCGCCACCUGGGAAAGGUUGGGGACCCCUGCUUCAGAUGAAAGGCAUGCUACAAGAUAAAGUGUCUUAUGACCUGGGGACUUUCUCACUGGAACAGCUAUUUAACUAGCUGCCCUUUGACAGAGGUCGCUCUGCUGCUGCUGGACACACCUGUUUGAAUCAAGACUGUGUCUUGGAGCCCGUCUCUUUCUACCACCUCCCCCUGUGCUAGUGACAUGGAAAACAAGCACAAUGUCACAUUGACAGUGAUGACAUCGCUGCAGGAGCCACUAGCAACAACACAGUGUGAGCGCAAAGCCUUGGUUUCAGUAAGAGCUCUGGCCAUUAGAAUCAUAGAAAUGUCGGGCUGGAAGCGACCGUGGGAAACCAAGUCCAGCCCCCUGCACUGUGGCAGGACCAAGUAAACCUAGACCAUCCCUGACAGGUGUUUAUCCAACCUGUGUUUAAAAUCUCCAAAUGAUGGGGAUUCUAACAACCUCACUUGGAAGCCUGUUCUAGAGCUUAACUCCCCUUAGAGCUGGAAAGAUUUUCCCAGUAUCUAACCUAAAUCUGCCUUGCUGCAGAUAAGGUAGGACAAGUAAUGGGCCUGCAGUGGACAUGGAGAACACUUGAUCCCCAUCCUUUUUAUAACCACCCUUAACAUAUCUGAAGACUGGUAUCAGGGCCCCCGUCACUCUGCUUUCCCCAUGACUAAACAUGCCCAGUUUUUUAACCUUUCUUCAUACUUCAGGCUUUCUAAACCUUAGAUCAUUUUUGUUGCACCCCUCUGGAUGCGCUUCCCAUUAUCCCCAUCUUUCCUGAAGUGUGGUGCCCAGAACUGGACGCAGUAGUCCAAGUGUUACCCUGUGUGGGACGAAUAAAGUGAGAAGAGAUUAGUGUUUGAAGUCAGUGAGUUACAGUCUGGCUCCUUCUUCCCUAACUCCCCUAGCAGUGGGCCUCCUGUGUGCCCUCAGCCCCAGGAGCUCUCCAGAGCUCCUAAACCUUUAGAGCAGGGGAAGUCACCUUUGAGGGCAUGCUACUAGUCCUGUCUAUCUACAUGAGCUGGGACGCAUGCUCCCAGCUCUGGUGCAGCUGUAUCCUAAGUGUGUCUUCCUCUCUGUCUGUCAGCUCCCACCCUUGGCCUUGCCUACCUCUCCCUCUUUCAUCUCCUCCUGCUUGCUUCUCCCCACGCUUUUAUGCUGCCCCCAAGUCUAGAACGGUCCCCAAUAUUGACUCCCCUCACAUCUGACAUCUUUGGGCAUCUCCAUCACUCAUCAUCUCUGCAGCCCCCUCUAUGCCUGUCCUCACGCCUGCUCUUAAGAGAUUAAGUUCACUCUCUUGCCUAGCAAUCUGCCCUGUCCUCUCUGGUCUGUCUUUUCAUCCUGUCUAUUUCAGAUGUAUGGAGCAGGCGCUCUGUUUUAUGGCUGUGCACAUCAAUUUUAUUAGACCCCACUACAGUGAUUAAAUCUUUUUCAUUCCCUUCCCAUCAUGGACUACUAUGAGCCUCUCACUCCAGCCGAGUGCAGUGGUGCUACUGAUGGUUCAACCAGUGUUUAUUUUUGGAAAUGAUCUUGCAUUUGUACAGUACCCUCACAGUUAGAAGGAUCUAAUGGUGUUUUACCAACUACAUACAAGAAAUUAUUUCAUCUGUUGAUGACAUGCAACCACCUCUGGGGUGAAACACCAGCCAUUCAACAGUGCAGCAACCCAUUAGGACAUAAGCGAAGAAUGCUGUGUCUGUUUAAAUCAGAGGAGGGGAUUCAGGGAGGCAGAAAAUAAUUGCAGGAGGCGGAAUUUGAUCAGUACACUGGUGUUUCGACGCUUGGAGAAAAGCACUGUGAGAACGCAGCAGGAACUUGGUUUUGUGUGUCCUUGGAAAAGGGAUUGCCAUGUUUUCAGCUGCGAGUGAAGUCUGCAAUAGCCAAUUCUCCAACCAUUGGAAUGGUAGGAGGGAACUAGCCCUUUGCAUGUCAAACAGUUAGUUGGGUCAGGGUAGAGGAGAGUUUCCUCACAUCUACAAAUCAUUGCCAGAGAAACCAGGCAAUCUGCUAUUUCAAGUCUUAGUCCAAGGGGCCAAACAUUCAAACAGCAACAUGCUGUAUCCAUUCAAAACCAAACAGCAAAGCAUACCCUGCUCCAUGAUGCCCUAUGGGACACUCUCCCAAUCCAGUCUUUCCAGAGGAUGUUUGGGGGCUGUGCCUGUAAGUUGCAGUCAUGAUUAUGAGACCAAACUGGACUGCAGUGGAGAACAGUCUGAAGAGCAAUUGCUGUGGAUUAACAAGUCCCAAAGAAAAGGGAAAGUUUGCUGUCCAAAGCAAAGCUGUACUGAUAUUAAUGCUCCGUGCUCGACAUGACUCCGCUAAAGGCGUUAGCUUCCAUAAGGCAGAAGCUGCCAACAGUUGUCUCACUUUUUUGGGACAUGGUCAGCCAAUGCGUAUGUUCAGAUGAUGUAAUAGCUUCUAACUUGUGUCUCAUUGGUUAAAAGUGUUGUUGCUUGCUAUUGUCCUGGAGAGUUACAGGGGUAAAGUUGGACAGAGAUCCUCUUUCUUAUCCAGUUCAGCCAAACUCAUUAAAUGCCGGAAUGGUUUUUCUAAUUCUCCUCUGCACUGUGGAUUGGUAUGGUCCAAAACCUCUAAGUCACUUCUCAGGGCCUAGAAUUGAGGAUGACGUGAAAUUACUGAUUAGCUGAGAUUCUUAGGGCACUAGCCUGAGCAAUGCUUAGCCAUUUCCAAUGCAUUUGGGCCUAGACGUGGCCAUGUCAUCCCCUCGCUCUUGCCAGGCUGUGAAGAAGGCUGCACAUUGGGUUUAGAAAGUGAUAUGCUAGUGAACUAAUCUUGAGCAGGCAGUUCAGGGAUGUCUGCCACAGUGAUACACAAAACCAGUGCACGCAGUUCAACAUUAUUAAUGAUAAAAGGCAUCUGUUUAAUCUCAGAAUAAUCUACAGAGCAACAUCCAGUGUCUGUUCAUUCUCCUGAAUGAUUACAAGGAAGGACAAAAUGCAUUAAAUCCUUAGUCCAGCCUUUAAAUUAAUGUAUUUAAAAUGAUCUAACCUGGAAUGAUAAAUUGGUUCAGAAAUACAUUCCAAUCGAUCAGACGGUGUUUCCAUUAUGUAUAAGAUUCAGUACUUUUAAUCCUCUCCAAUUUUCUGUCACACAAGGGAGAGCUAGUUCAUUUCAAGGAAAAUUUAGGUGACAGAUUCCCUUACGCUUGGAACUGAUCUUGCAGCUUUUCACUAGGCAGUCUCCCUCUGAUACGAAUUAAAGUAUCUGCCAGUUUCUUGAAGUCCACACUGAGCACAUUAUUACUGUAGAAUAGAGAGUAAUAAAACUUUUCUAUUUUGGCAUUUGCA